GUCUUAAGCAUAUGAUGCCCUCCUCUGAGGCGUUUGCCGAAGCUGCGUGUGCGUUGGCCCCUUUCUUGUGUUCGCUAUCUCUCUCGGCUGACAUGACCCCGAACCCUCACCUUGCCACACAGCCUCGCAGGGCAUCGACAAUGAAACACACGUCGUGGUGUACGACACCCACGGCGUCUUCUCUUCACCGAGGACCGCAUUCACGUUCCAUGCCUUUGGCCACCGCCACAUCUCCAUUCUCGAUGGCGGCCUUCCCGGCUGGAUCGCCGCCUCGCUUCCCCUCGAGGAGGGCCCUCCCAGCUUUACACCCACCAAGAAGAAUUACAGCCCUACACCUCUCCAUCCAGUAAUCAUUCGAGACUACGACGAGAUGAUUGCCAAUGCCAGAAUGGGCUCCCGGGGCCAGACGGUCCUCGACGCGCGGCCUGCUGGUCGCUUCGAGGGGACGGCGCCCGAACCGCGGCCUGGCCUGUCCUCUGGACACAUUCCCUCGUCGCUCUCACUGCCCUUCUCGGAGUUGUUACAAAAGCACGAGGGAGGGUACACGACGUUCAAGGAGCAGACGGAGCUCUGGCGAACGAUCAGCGAUGCCGUCGGUGGCCUCGAGGGGAUCGACAAGAUCCGGCAGGCGUCGAGCGCCGGCGAGACGGCUGUCACGGCCACAUGCGGCUCGGGCAUGACGGCCGCCGUCAUCUGGGCUGGUCUACACCAGCUGGGUAUCCAGGCUAGCAUCUAUGAUGAGGUGCGUUUCAGCAUGCAUUGAAGGAUUUGAGAAUACAGGCUGAUUUUUCAUUGAAUGA